GCCGCAUCACCGUCGCAAUCAAUCCGCAAGUAGCCAUGUCCAUCGAGCUUCUGGACGACGAAGACGCCCUGAUCCCCGCUGCUGCCAAGGCCCUCACUGAGAUCUUUGCACGCUUCGAUGUCGACCAGGACGGUGCGCUGAACCUGCAAGAGCUCAACGCCUUUGCGACCGCAACCAACGGCAAACCCUUCGACCAGGAGAGCAUCGACGAGAUCCAAGAGUAUUUCAACUGCACCGACGACGGAGCUCUAACCCUCAUCGGCUUCUUCGAGAUGUACCAGAUGCAGACCCUCUCGGAGCCAGAGGAGACCUGGAAAGACCUGAAGCGCCACGGGUACGACGAUAACCUGGUUUUGCGAAAGUAACCUCGCUCAACGAUUCCCCAACCCCACCGAUCGGACCUUCAGCCAUCAUCGGAUCUCUCGAGCUAUAUGCAGCAGCACUUUGUUUUGGGGGCCUUCGGCCGUCGCCACCACGCCACCUCCAAGUGAAACGGAAUACAUAGUCGUUCAUUCAUCACGCACAGCGACCACACGCAGCGCCUUGGAUUAUGGACUCGUGACCGCUCAAUCGGCAAUGUGUUCCCCCACGACCAUCAACCAUUUGGAGACACAUCUGCAACGACGGCAUGGACUGGAUGGCUGGACACAGCAAUCUGGAUGGAGGCUCCUCAGCAGCAGUAUGCAAUGUGCGAUACAAAUAGAGGGAUGUCUCGCCUCCCUUUCUUUUUA